CCCGGGAUCCGCCCCCUUCCCCAGCCGGGCAGGUGCUAGGUGACAUCAGAGCCGGGCUCCCUCCCGGUGACGCGACGUGGCCCCGCCCCGCGCUGGACCGCGGAGGUAGCCGCACCUGGGAGCUCUGAAGAGGCCGGGGGAUUCCUGGGCCCCCUCCCCAGCUUCCCGCUUCCUGUACCAGCCCGCGCCCCCCAGACCAUGGCAGCAGUGACCGUGUCAGUGCCCGGGAGGAAGGCGCCCCCCAGGCCGGGCCCGGUGCCCGAGGCCGCCCAGCCCUUCCUGUUCGCGCCUCGCGGGCCGGGCGUGGGCAGCGGGCCGGGGGGCUCGGCCACGUCCCCGCAGGUGGAGUGGACGGCGCGGCGCCUGGUGUGGGUGCCGUCGGAGCUACACGGCUUCGAGGCGGCGGCACUGCGGCACGAGGGCGACGAGGAGGCCGAGGUGGAGCUGGCGGAGAGCGGCCGGCGGCUGCGGCUGCCGCGCGACCAGAUCCAGCGCAUGAACCCGCCCAAGUUCAGCAAGGCCGAGGACAUGGCCGAGCUGACCUGCCUCAACGAGGCCUCCGUGCUGCACAACCUCCGCGAGCGCUACUACUCCGGCCUCAUCUACACGUAUUCCGGCCUUUUCUGUGUGGUCAUCAACCCAUACAAGCAGCUGCCCAUCUAUACAGAGGCCAUCGUGGAGAUGUACCGGGGCAAGAAGCGCCAUGAAGUGCCGCCCCACGUGUACGCAGUGACCGAAGGAGCCUACCGAAGCAUGCUUCAGGAUCGUGAGGACCAGUCCAUUCUCUGCACUGGGGAGUCCGGGGCCGGGAAGACAGAAAACACCAAGAAAGUCAUCCAGUACCUCGCCCACGUGGCAUCAUCACCAAAGGGCCGGAAGGAGCCUGGUGUCCCGGGUGAGCUGGAGCGGCAGCUUCUUCAGGCUAACCCGGUCCUGGAGGCCUUUGGCAACGCCAAGACGGUGAAGAAUGACAACUCCUCCCGCUUCGGCAAAUUCAUCCGCAUCAACUUCGACGUUGCCGGGUACAUCGUGGGCGCCAACAUCGAGACCUACCUGCUGGAGAAGUCGCGCGCCAUCCGCCAGGCUAAGGACGAGUGUAGCUUCCACAUCUUCUACCAGCUGCUGGGAGGCGCCGGGGAGCAGCUCAAGGCUGACCUGCUCCUGGAGCCCUUCUCCCACUACCGCUUCCUGACCAACGGGCCGUCUUCCUCUCCGGGCCAGGAGCGCGAGCUCUUCCAGGAGACGCUGGAGUCCCUGCGGGUCCUGGGAUUCACCCAUGAGGAGAUCACCUCCAUGCUGCGGAUGGUCUCAGCCGUUCUCCAGUUUGGCAACAUCGUCCUGAAGAGAGAACGGAACACUGACCAAGCCUCCAUGCCCGACAACACAGCUGCGCAGAAGCUCUGCCGCCUCCUGGGCCUGGGGGUGACGGAUUUCUCCCGUGCCCUGCUCACCCCCCGCAUCAAAGUUGGCCGGGACUACGUGCAGAAAGCACAGACCAAGGAACAGGCUGACUUUGCGCUGGAGGCACUGGCCAAGGCCACCUACGAGCGCCUCUUCCGCUGGCUAGUCCUGCGUCUCAACAGAGCUCUGGACCGCAGCCCCCGGCAGGGCGCCUCCUUCCUGGGCAUCCUGGACAUCGCGGGCUUUGAGAUCUUCCAGCUGAACUCCUUCGAGCAGCUCUGUAUCAAUUACACCAAUGAGAAGCUGCAGCAGCUAUUCAACCACACGAUGUUCGUGCUGGAGCAAGAGGAAUACCAGCGCGAGGGCAUCCCCUGGACCUUCCUCGACUUCGGCCUCGACCUGCAGCCCUGCAUCGACCUCAUCGAGCGGCCGGCCAACCCCCCUGGACUCCUGGCUCUGCUGGAUGAGGAGUGCUGGUUCCCAAAAGCCACGGACAAGUCCUUUGUGGAAAAGGUGGCCCAGGAGCAGGGUGGUCACCCCAAAUUCCAGAGGCCAAGGCACCUUCGGGAUCAGGCCGACUUCAGUGUCCUGCAUUAUGCAGGCAAGGUCGACUACAAGGCCAACGAGUGGCUGAUGAAAAACAUGGACCCUCUGAAUGACAACGUCGCAACCCUGCUCCACCAGAGCACAGACCGGCUGACGGCAGAGAUCUGGAAAGACGUGGAGGGCAUCGUGGGGCUGGAGCAAGUGAGCAGCCUUGGGGAUGGCCCGCCUGGUGGCCGCCCGCGCCGGGGCAUGUUCCGGACGGUGGGACAGCUCUACAAGGAGUCCCUGAGCCGCCUCAUGGCCACACUCAGCAACACCAACCCCAGCUUCGUCCGCUGCAUCAUCCCCAACCACGAGAAGAGGGCGGGGAAGCUGGACCCCCGGCUGGUGCUGGACCAGCUGCGCUGUAACGGCGUUCUGGAGGGCAUCCGCAUCUGUCGCCAGGGCUUUCCCAACCGCAUCCUCUUCCAGGAGUUCCGGCAGCGGUAUGAGAUCCUGACGCCCAAUGCCAUCCCCAAGGGCUUUAUGGAUGGGAAGCAGGCCUGUGAGAAGAUGAUUCAGGCCCUAGAAUUGGACCCCAACCUCUACCGCGUGGGACAAAGCAAGAUCUUCUUCCGGGCAGGCGUUCUGGCCCAGCUAGAAGAAGAGCGGGACCUGAAGGUCACAGAUAUCAUCGUGUCCUUCCAGGCAGCUGCCCGGGGAUACCUGGCUCGCAAGGCCUUCCAGAAGCGGCAGCAGCAGCAGAGCGCCCUGAGGGUGAUGCAGCGGAACUGUGCGGCUUACCUCAAGCUGAGACACUGGCAGUGGUGGCGGCUCUUCAUCAAGGUGAAGCCGCUGCUGCAGGUAACGCGGCAGGAUGAGGUGCUGCAGGCGCGGGCUCAGGAACUACAGAAAGUGCAGGAGCUGCAGCAGCAGAGUGCCCGCGAGGUGGGCGAGCUCCAGGGCCGGGUGGCGCAGCUGGAAGAGGAGCGCGCCCGCCUGGCAGAGCAGCUGCGCUCAGAGGCAGAGCUGUGUGCUGAGGCUGAGGAGACCCGGGGCCGGCUGGCAGCCCGGAAGCAGGAGCUUGAGCUGGUGGUGUCCGAGCUGGAGGCCCGCGUGGGCGAGGAGGAGGAGUGCAGUCGCCAGCUGCAAACCGAGAAGAAGAGGCUGCAGCAACACAUACAGGAGCUGGAGACUCACCUCGAGGCUGAGGAAGGGGCCCGGCAGAAGCUGCAGCUGGAGAAGGUGACGACGGAGGCAAAGCUGAAAAAAUUGGGGGAAGAUCUGUUACUCCUGGAAGAUCAGAACGCCAAGCUGAGCAAGGAGCGGAAGCUGCUGGAGGAGCGGCUGUCCGAGUUCUCAUCCCAGGCAGCGGAGGAGGAGGAGAAAGUCAAGAGCCUCAAUAAGCUUCGACUCAAAUAUGAGGCCACCAUUGUGGACAUGGAGGACCGCCUCCGGAAGGAGGAGAAGAGCCGCCAGGAACUGGAGAAGCUGAAGCGGCGGCUGGACGUGGAGGGCUCGGAGCUGCAGGAGCAGAUGGCGGAACAGCAGCAGCGGGCGGAGGAGCUGCGCGCCCAGCUGGGCCGCAAGGAGGAGGAGCUGCAGGCCGCCUUGGCCAGGGCAGAGGAAGAGGGUGGAGCCCGGGCCCAGCUACUCAAAUCCCUGAGGGAGGCGCAGGCUGGGCUGGCUGAGGCCCAGGAGGACCUGGAGGCUGAGCGUGCAGCCAGGGCCAAGGCAGAGAAGCAGCGCCGGGACCUGGGCGAGGAGCUGGAGGCACUGCGGGGCGAGCUGGAGGACACGCUAGACUCCACCAAUGCACAGCAGGAGCUCCGGUCCAAGAGAGAACAGGAGGUGACGGAGCUGAAGAAGGCUCUGGAGGAGGAGACGCGCAUUCACGAGGUGGCAGUGCAGGAGCUGCGGCAGCGCCAUGGCCAGGCCCUGGGAGAGCUGGCGGAGCAGCUGGAGCAAGCCCGGAGGAGCAAAGGCACGUGGGAGAAGACCCGCUUGACUCUGGAGGCUGAAGUGUCUGAGCUGCGGACGGAGCUUAGCAACCUGCAGACCGCGCGGCAGGAGGGUGAGCAGCGGAGGCGUCGCCUGGAGUCACAGCUGCAGGAGGUGCAGGGCCGCGUGGGAGACGGGGAGCGGGCCCGAGCAGAGGCUGCGGAGAAGCUGCAGCGAGCCCAGGCUGAACUCGAGAAUGUGUCCGGAGCCCUGAGUGAGGCCGAGUCCAGAGCCAUCAGGCUGAGCAAGGAGCUGACCAGCAUGGAGGCCCAGCUCCACGAUGCCCAGGAGCUGCUGCAGGAGGAGACCAGGGCGAAGCUGGCCCUGGGGUCCCGGGCGCGAGCCCUGGAGGCGGAGGCAGCCGGGCUGCGGGAGCAGCUGGACGAGGAAGCCGCCGCCAGGGAGCGGGCGGGCCGCGAGCUGCAGGCUGCCCAGGCCCAGCUCUCAGAGUGGCGGCGGCGCCAGGAAGAGGAGGCAGGGGCCCUGGAGGCAGGGGAGGAGGCUCGGCGCCGGGCAGCCCGAGAGGCUGAGGUCCUGAACCAGCGCCUGGCAGAAAAGGCGGAAGUGGUGGAGCGGCUGGAGCGGGGCCGCCGGCGGCUGCAGCAGGAGCUGGAUGAUGCCACAGUGGACCUGGAGCAGCAGCGGCAGCUCGUGAGCGCACUGGAGAAGAAGCAGCGCAAGUUCGACCAGCUCCUGGCAGAGGAGAAGGCGGCGGUCCUGCGGGCGGUGGAGGAGCGAGAGCGGGCGGAGGCCGAGGGCCGCGAACGCGAGGCCCGGACGCUGUCCCUGACCCGGGCCCUGGAGGAGGAGCAGGAGGCGCGCGAGGAGCUCGAGCGGCAGAACCGCGCGCUGCGGGCCGAGCUGGAGGCGUUGCUGAGCAGCAAGGACGACGUUGGCAAGAGCGUGCAUGAGCUGGAGCGAGCCCGCCGGGUGGCCGAACAGGCAGCGAGCGACCUGCGUAUGCAGGUGACGGAGCUGGAGGACGAGCUGACGGCAGCCGAGGAUGCCAAGCUGCGCCUGGAGGUGACCAUGCAGGCCCUCAAGGCGCAACACGAGCGGGACCUGCAGGGCCGCGACGAGGCGGGCGAGGAGAGGCGGCGGCAGCUGGCCAAGCAGUUGAGGGACGCAGAGGUGGAGCGCGAUGAGGAACGCAAGCAGCGUGCUCUGGCCAUGGCCGCCCGCAAGAAGCUGGAGGCCGAGCUGGAGGAGUUGAAGGCUCAGACCACGGCGGCCGGGCAAGGCAAGGAGGAGGCGGUGAAGCAGCUUCGCAAGAUGCAGGCCCAGAUGAAGGAGCUGUGGCGGGAGGUGGAGGAGACGCGGAGUUCUCGAGAGGAGAUCUUUGCCCAGAACCGGGAGAGUGAGAAGCGCCUCAAGGGGCUAGAGGCGGAAGUGCUGCGGCUGCAGGAGGAACUGGCCGCUUCUGACCGUGCCCGUCGGCAGGCCCAGCAGGAGAGGGAUGAGAUGGCAGAUGAGGUGGCCAACGGCAGCCUUAGCAAAGCUGCCAUUCUGGAUGAGAAACGUCAGCUGGAGGGGCGCCUGGGGCAAAUGGAAGAGGAGCUGGAGGAGGAGCAAAGCAAUGCAGAGCUGCUCAAUGACCGCUACCGAAAGCUGCUCCUGCAGGUAGAAUCACUGACCACAGAACUGUCAGCUGAGCGCAGUUUCUCAGCUAAGGCAGAGAGUGGGCGGCAGCAGCUGGAGCGGCAGGUCCAGGAGCUCCGGGAACGCCUGGGUGAGGAAGACGCUGGGGCCCGAGCUCGCCAGAAGAUGAUCAUCGCUGCCCUUGAGUCCAAGCUGGCCCAGGCUGAGGAGCAGCUGGAGCAGGAGAGCAGGGAGCGCAUCCUCUCUGGCAAGCUGGUGCGGAGGGCUGAGAAGAGGCUUAAAGAGGUGGUGCUCCAGGUGGAGGAGGAGCGGAGGGUGGCUGACCAGCUCCGGGACCAGCUGGAGAAGGGCAACCUUCGAGUGAAGCAGCUGAAGCGGCAGCUGGAGGAGGCCGAGGAGGAGGCUUCCCGGGCCCAGGCGGUCCGCAGGAGACUGCAACACGAGCUGGAGGAUGUCACAGAGGCCUCCGAGUCCAUGAACCGGGAGCUGAACACGCUCAGGAACCGGCUCAGGCGCGGACCCCUCACCUUCACCACCCGCACUGUGCGCCAGGUCUUCCGGCUGGAGGAGGGCGUGGCGUCCGACGAGGAGGCGGCGGCGGAGGAGGCGGAGCCGGGGUCCGGGCCGCCGCCCCCGGAGCCCGAAGGGUCCGCUGCUGCCCCACCGCAGUGACCCUACCCUGCCCCCAGCCGCCGGGCCUUCCCUCCUUGGCCCACCCCCGCCAGGUGCCUGUCCUGAGAACCGCCCUCUGGCUUCUUGCAUUUCGGAAGUACUGCCUUCCGGCGUGACAGCACUUAUCCAGCCCACUCCGGGGGUCCCGGGAGACUUUCCCGUGAACCCCUAAACAGAGGAGUGGGCAAGCAGGGAUCGCGGACUGGGGCGAUCUCACUUGGGAGAAAUUCGGGUGUGGGCGGCAAGCUGGGUUCCCAUCCAGUUCCAAAUCCUUCCUUCGGUUAUGAAUGAUCUUUGUUGGGAAGGGAGUUUGGCUCUCCACGCCCCUUCCCCUCCCCCCUCCCCCUCCCUCUUUCCCUCUCCCUGUCUCUCCACUUAGCCACCGACCCCAGAACUUAUGAGCAACAGCACCCUGAGCUCCAGGCGGCCCUCAGCCUUUGACCUUUGCAGAAGGGCAGAAUAAGGGGACCUCACACAUCCCCCGUACCCUCAGGUUCCCUCCCGUUGCUCUUGUGUGAUCACAGUUCAGCUGGAGUUUCCCAUGGGGGCUUGAGGAGGCCCCAUACCCUCCCAGCCUUCAAACUGUUGCAGAAAUAAACUCCAACCCCGACUGGA